CACUCGUUGAGCACUGUUACGAGCGAUAUGGACUGCAGGCUCGUGCAUCUGCUCUGAUGAACAACAUAGGACAAUGAAGAUUACCAAGCCAGCCAAGCGGCUCUCCUCAAUUCCUCCUGAUGUCGCUGCUCAAAUCAAGAUUAUAGAGUCGACACCCAAUGAAUCGCUGGCCACUGUCCUGUCUGGAAUAACCAACUGGCCUUAUCCCAGAGGUGACUUUCAGUCAUGGAUCCCGAUCUUGGAUAAGUUUGAUGGCUGCCUCGAGGAAGUCAUUAGCAGUUAUGACCUCUCCAGACCUCAGACGAACGACUUCACCCCCACAACCAGGGAGACAGUUUUGCAGGUGUUAAGAUUCACUCGUUUGCUAUUGGAGAACUGUACGCAGCGCAAGCUUUACUCAUCAUACGACCGUCUUUACGAUCUCCUUCUCACCAAUGACCUCGAUGUCCUUAUCGCCACUCUGUUCGUCAUCCUCCGCCCGGCACAGCAGUAUGGCACCCAAACCCCUUUUGAGACUGGAUACGGCACAAAGAUACGUCGCCGGCUCAAUUCAAUAUUUCGUGGUUGGGAUGUGUUCCACGGCCACAAUGUAAAGCUAUCGCAAAUUUUGACUGCCAAGCUCGACCUGGAUGAGUCAUUCUACCAUGCGUCGUCUAGCUUUUACACGCCCAAAAAGAAGCAGCAAAGUGUGGUCGACCUUGGAGAUGUGAGAACGUUCAAUCAGGCUGAGAUCCCCGACAAAAUCCAGACCCUCGCUGAAGAACAUGACAUGCCUCCGGACGAGCAAUUCAACGUCUACAACAGGAUUCGCGUCAUCCUCUGCAAAGACAGGCAGAAUCUGCUGGUCGCCAGACUGCUGGCCCUGGCGUGUCAAGUCUCCCUUUCACACGAAGAUGCAAUCCAGUCUACCAUUUUCCUCUACGAGCCAGACCUAAUCCCUCAACUCGCGGAGCUCAUGCGUGCGCAUGUGGACGAUCUUGUCCAAGCCUCAAGUGUCCUCGCUCUCGAAGCUUGCAGCCACCAUCGCAGCAAGACUUUGGAAGUUUUGACCGCCAUUGGCCACAGCAAUAGCCACGGAGCCUUAUUGUCCUUAUUGCGCUCAAUUGUAUCUCGCUUGGCGCAUGAGUCUGUUCGAAACGAGCUGGUUGACUCGCUCCUGUCAUUCAUAGCCUUCACCGCCACUGUUCAGGGACAUGUCGGAUCGCUUUUAGGAGCCGGACUCAUGCCGAUUUUGCUUGACUUCCUUAAAGUCAGGGGGGAACGAAGAGAGUCUUACAUUCCUCGUGCGCUUGGUCUCAUUGAUGCUAUUAUCAUGAUGGGAAACAAUACGCUUCAAGUCUUCAACGGCGCAGAUGGUGUCAAUCUGCUCGUCGCCGCAGCUGGGAAUGAAGCCACGAGUCUGUUGGAAACUCCUCUGCCGAAGUCCAGCGAGACUUUGUCGGAGGAUAGCAUUAUCCUCAUUGCCAGUCUGCCGCUCAAAUCCAUUCUCCGAACUCUGCACAGACUUCUCUCCACUGCAGGCGGGACGGACGGGCUCCGGACAUUGAUUGACUCCGCUCUGCCCAGGGUAAUCAAGACCAUAUUUGAGAAUUCCGCCAAGUUUGGAAAUCGAGUGUUCAGCAAUUCAAUCAAUAUCCUCGCCGCUUUCAUUCACAGUGAACCGACAUCCCUUUCCCUUCUCCAGGAGAUGCAACUUCCGCAAAGCCUGUAUGCCAACCUCGAACAGAGCGUGCCGAACAGCUUCGAUAUCAUGCCAGCCAUUCCUAAUGCCAUCGGUGCAAUCUGCCUCAACGAGGUCGGCUUCAAGCUUGCCAAAGAGCAUCCAGCAGUCAUCCAGAACCUCAUCACCUCAGCAGCGAAUACUGUCAUCGAUGAAAACCCGCACUUAGAGAAAGAUCAAGCGCACGUUGGCCUCGGAAAAGGAUUGGAUGAACUUGUGCGGCAUCAUCCUGACUUGCAGCCGAUCGUGCUCGCAGCAGUCGUACAGACCCUGAAGGACGCGACCGAUGAAGCGCGAGCGUUCCGGCCCGACGAGGACAAAAUCAGGGAUUAUGUACUUAACGCUGGGCCGAACGAUGCUUCAGAAACCCCAGAAACGAUCAACGAGCCUUUGAGAAAGCUCAUGAGGAUAUGGAAGCUGAGUGAAGGAUUCUUCCGCAAUGGCUCGGUCGCGAAAGCUUUCAUCAAAGAAGGCGGUCUCGAUCUUCUCUCUCAAGUUCCCGCUCUACCCUGUGUCCCGGUGAUCCUGAGAGGCAGCCCAUGGGUCUCUGUCUUUGCCGAUGUUUUCCGCUCCGUGGGCGAACACGAUCACGUCGUGGUCGUGAAGCACUACGUGGACGUCAUAUCCUCAAUCCUAGCCGAGACGACAGCUUUGUGGAAGGAAGAGAGUGCCGAUAGCAAUUGGAGAACUCUAGAAGCCGGCGAGGCGGAUGCCGACUUAUUGAAGGCCUUUGAGGCUCUCCGAGGUCUCACGCUGCAUCUGUACUUGCUUAGCUCCAACUUCAUGCUUUUGACAUUUGGACACAUCCGCAUCAGUACUGCUUUGCUUCAGGCCCUCGGUGUGACUUCUGGUUCCUCUUUCGUGUCGGACCUCGGGAGACUAGACCGGAUCUGCUUUCAGCAGCAUGCUCGAAUGAAGCCAGUCAACGAGUUCGAAGACCCCCUUCACAUGUCCGCGCCUGUCGCCAUCGGUCUCGAUACCGACUCAAAGACGCAAGCCGGCGCGAGGACAGAGACUGGUGCGUCCAAGAUCGCUUCGAGAAUACACAGUCUAUCGUGUCGAGCUCUAACAUGCUUCAUCAAACUCUUAUGGAUCAAGCGAAGUACAGAUGCCGCUCAUCGCAAAGAAGCGGUCCCCCUUGCUCAUGCCCUCGCUGCUAGCAUGGUGGAAAAUCUUGACGCUUCCUCGACUAUGGGGGCGGAGCUCAUGGCAGUUGGCAUAGAUCUCUGGUUCCUGCAUGAUGCACGCUCGAUGGAGGGUCACCUCAAUGCUCCGCUGUUCAUUGCGUUCAAGGAGCUCGGCGGAUUAGACUCUAUUUUGGCAUUGGGCAACCGGAUUGUGGACCACGUGGACAGUGAGGAUGUGACUGGAAAGGCAGCAGUUCGGAUACUGUCGAUGGCCCUGCUUGCCCUAGUCUCGCGCAGAUCAUAUGAGGGUUCAAACGCAUCAUCGUUCGCGAUCGACAAUUUUUCCAUUGUCACUAAUCUCGUUCAAAUUCGACUGUUGUUUGCGCCGCUGAUCCACCGUAUAUGGAGCGCCUCAUGGCUCACAGAAUGCCCCGAGGAGCACAUCAAGCUCGCCGCCGCCGCUUACCUCGCUAUCAUGAACGGAGAAGGCGAGGACGAAGAGGAGGUCGAAACUCACACUCACACUCCCUCGCCUGUUCCACGUUUACGGCCAGCUCCUCCUAUAGCAGAUCCCGCUCGCGUCAAUCAGCUGGUGGAUAUGGGGUUCACCCGCGAAGCUGCCGAAUUUGCUCUGCAACGAGCUCGAAACAAUGUCGCAGCGGCUGCAGAUCUCAUUCUUAGCAUGCCGCACCUCUUCGCCGGAUUACCAGCUGCGGCUGCUGCGCCUACAGAACCGACUACUGCGGUCACAGCGGAGGCAGAUGCUUCUGCGGACGCCGCCAUGGAUAGCGAUCAACCGCCAGAAGCAGAGGCUCCGCUCGCCUUGUUGGCAGAGACUGAAUCCGAAGCAAAGGAUGAGUCCAAAGUAAAGGAUGAAUCUGAAGCAAAGGACGAUGUCCCCAACGUUGAAGCUAUUCGAGCAGAUCUGGCUAAAUGGAGAGAAGAAAAUCGUCCAGGCCUGGCUCAGCGCGCCCUGGAUUUGAUAGAUGUUGCAGAUGACUUGGUGUUCGACUUGGUUCCAGCCUUUCCCAAAAAACAAGAGGGUCUGUCAUUUAUCUUCUCGAAGACCGAAGAGUUAUGGCAGAAGUACGACCCCUCCAACGACAAGCUCUUGAAAGGCCGACUUCGGCUCGCGUCUGUAUUUCUAAGGACCGGCGAACAGACUCGCCUGGAGUCACAACUCUCGCCGUACAUCCUGGAUUUGUACGCCUGCCUACCUAUGGACCUUUCCCCUCGUCCCGUGUGGACAUCAGUCCUCCUUCUUUUCACUGAAUCUGUAUUGGUGCUCAUCGAGUCUGUCCGUGAGGCAAAGCUAGGUGUGGACCCUUCGGACGUCACUCGCAGUAUUGCGCCUCUUGAAGACCGAAUUGUCCCAUUGAUGGACUUGUCGGUGGAUAUGUUGGCCGAUCAAACUUCGUCUCGGGACGACAUCAUUGCGGCACUCCGAAUUCUUGUCAUUCUCACCCGACAUGAGCGGCUCAGCGAAGAUGCUCUAGUCAAGACUUUCACUCCGGCCCGCAAGCCCUCGGACAAGCUAGUAGGGUGUCAACCAUAUCUCGCCAUGAUCGCGCGUCAUACCAUCGAGGACGAAGCGAUCUUGCGGACUACAAUGCAAGCGGAAGUGGAGCAUUGGCUGUCGCCCACCAGGAACAAGGUCUCCGACGUGACGCACUAUGUCAAACAAUUGCGACAGGUAGCCGCACGAGACCCGGCCUUGUUCGUGAGGAUCACUGAAGAACAGUGCGAGCUUGUCAGCCCUACCCCUCCGACCUCGGUUUAUCAUAUUCGCUCAAAGAAUACCGCUGCCACAAAGUCUGAGCUGGACGUUUUUGCGGACUCAGCUAGCUCUGCCGACCUAGCAAUGUCGGCGCUACUGUCAGAGCUGACCACCAGCAUCAAGGACGCGUCCGAUGCUGCGGCACACUCGUACAGCGGACUACUGCUGUCUAUCAUUACGGAGCUGGUCGGGUCAUACGUCUCGGCCAAGAGCGCGUUCCGAUCAUCUAUUCGAACCGGCAAGUCUGCGAGCCUUGCAACAUUUAUGAACGACAUGGUAUGCUGCAUUGGACUAGCUGAGGAUUUGUCACCUGGUUCCCGUCGCGAUGCAGAGAGCACGCGGCGUCUCACUCUUUCCAAUUGGUCAAUGUCUCUCCUGGUCGCGCUAUGUUCCGAUAUCUUACCACAAGAUCCCAAAGUCACCGGAAGCGAGGAAAUGACGAUCAUCCGAAAGAGUGUUCUCGAUUCCAUCGUCAAGACGCUGAAAGACACCACUACGACUGAUCUCGCUGUCAAAUACACUCGACUAUGGGCCAUGUCUGAACUCAUCUACCGCCUCCUGCUUGCGAAACCAGCAAUCGUUUCAACCCGGGACAAGGAAGAAUCAAGCAUUCAGAUGGCAAAGCUCAUGCUUGAAAAAGGUCUCGUUGGACUUCUCGCGACCGCUGUAGGUGAUGUUCAGCUCAACUUUCCGGAUAUCAAGGUGGUCUUGGCAUCUGCGUUGAGAACCCUCGAGUGCUUGACCAAAAUCUCUAUUAAAUGGGGCAAGGUCGAGAAGCCUAAGGAUGCAGCGCAAGCUCCACCGAGCGAUGAAGACAGUGAGGAAUCGGAUGUCGAAAUGUCCAGCGCGGACGAGGCCCCGGAUCUGUACAGAAAUUCCGCACUUGGAAUGCUCGGGGGAGGGAUCCGCGAGGACGACGAAGAAGAUGAGGAUGAGAUGGACGACGAGGACGAAAUGAUGGACGAAUAUGAAGGCGAUGGUACUGAUGAUAUGGACGAUAUCACUGAUUCUGACGGGGAUGAAGACGAAGACGAAGAUAGCAUGGAAGAGGACGAAUGGACGGAUGAAGAAGAGGAAGAAGAUGAUGGCCCAGAGGUCAUUCUUGGUCACGAGCCCCCCGAGGACGGUGCAUGGGAUGAUGCUAUGGAUAUGCCUGAAGGGGACGAAGGUACUGAUCAAGAUGAGGAAGGCUUCCUGCUUGAUGAAGGCGAAGAGAUGUUCGAUGGAGACGAAGAAGAGAUGAUGGGUAUGCCCAUGGAUGUCGAGAUGGGAAUGGACAUGGAAAUGGAUGACGAUGAGAUGGAUGAAGACGACUAUGACGAAGAAACGUUCCUGGAGCCCCUCAACGAGACCGGAGAAUUCUUCACGUCUGUUCCCGGCAUGGGCGGACCCGCGCCCCCAGAGCUACCUGGACAUUGGGGCUGGGAUGGUCAGCGAGCAGGCUCCAGCCGUCGUCUUACAAGUCGUCUUAUGGAUACGGAGGUCGCCGAUAGGUCCAAUGGCGCUGCUCCGGCUUCUCAUCCACUCGUUACCCAACCUUCAGCCCCGGCACUGAGGCGAAAUCUACCUCGAAAUCUUAUCGACAAUUUGCAGAAUAUGCUACGCACAAACAAUGGAGGUGGCGGUCCUGGUCAGAUGUUGGAAAUGAUUGAGCGCCUGCUCCAGCGGAUCAAUCAUCAGGCAACGCACAACAUGCAGAUCCGUCUCAGUUCAGAAGCGAAUGGCAGUAUCGGAUUAUCGAUUGGAGAUCGCAACUACAAUUUUGGCCCUUCCAGCAGCCCGACAGAGACGACAGCUGAAGAUGUCACUGCCGAGUAUGUCCCGAAACCGACUAUGCAUCGCUGGCAGGAAGAGAUGUCCGUCAUUCCGGGCAAUUCCAGUGUCAUGGUCACCCGUCUAGUUCACCAUAUCAUCAAUCGUUUGCUGCCCGAUGCUCGCAAACGGGCGGAAGAAAUGGAGGCCGCUGAAGCAGCUGCGGAUGCAGAGAGAGCCAAGCAAGCUGCUGAAGCGGAAAGUGCAGCUCGAGCAGCGGCAGCGGAGGCGGCAGAAGCUGCUCAAUCGGAAGCUGCUGCCGUCGCUUUACCAGCCUCCCGUGGCUCCCCUGCUCCGGAUGCAACACCACCCACUGAAGAGGUGGAAAUGGAAGAACCUGCCGAGACUCUCGCUCGGACCAUCAUUCAGAUCCGAGGUGAAGACGUCGAUAUCACUGAUACUGGAAUCGAUUUGGAAUUCCUUCAAGCUCUUCCCGAUGAUAUGCGCGCCGACGUUGUGGAGCAGCACAUGAGAGAGCAAAACCGAUUACGGCAACCUCGGAAUCCCGAGCUCCAGGCUGCUGAAGCCGCCUCGUCAAUCUCUGCCGAAUUCCUCGAUGCAUUGCCCCCUGCGAUCCGUGCAGAGGUUGUCAUGCAACAAGCGAUGGAGAAUGCCCGUCGUCCUAUGGAGCCGGAUCCCUCUCCAGCUGACCGCGAACCCCAUAUCGGGGACUUCCUCGACGUUCUCAACCCAGACCUUCGGAGAAACGUCAUCAUGCUCGGCCCUGGAGGACUUCCAGCUAUCGACCGCGCAACCGCUUUGCAGCCUGGCCCUAGUCAUCGAACUCCACGUGAAGUUGUCCAAUUGCUUGAUAGACCUGGCAUUGCCUCGCUCGUCCGCCUCCUGUUCUUCCCGGAGACGUUCAGGAAGAGCUACCUUUUCCGCGUCCUCACAAACCUCUGCGCAAACUCUGUGACGCGGGCAGAAUUGCUCAACCUACUGUUGUCUGUCGUCCAGGAUGGGUCGGGGGAUCUCCCAAUUGUCGACAAGAGCUUUCAACAGAUGUCAAUCCGUCCAGCAACGACGCCGAAGAGCACGGUCAAGAAGACGGAACCACUCACGCCUGGUCCUAUGCCGAGCCUCUUUGACCACCUUGCGAACGACAACAUCCCCACUUUCAUCGCUCAGCGAUGCUUUGACGCACUGUCAUUCAUUGUUUCCAAUUAUUCUCCCGCCGUCAACUACUUCCUGACCGAACAUGAGCAGCCAGUUGGAUUGAAGAAGACUUCGACCAAGAAGGGUAAAGGAAAAGACAAGAUCCCUCCGCAGACCAAGUUUCCCAUUGUCAUUCUUCUUGGAUUGCUGGAUCGGGUCACCUUGCUCCAGUCUCCGGGUAUGAUGGAGUCUUUGACGGCGUUGCUGGCGACUAUCACUCGACCUUUGGUGUCCUUGAAAGCGUCGGACUCAGCACAGCCUCCCAAAAUAGAGGAUGUAUCUGCUGCUCCUAUCUCCGGGACGGUGGCUACGCCUGCAUUGCCGGCCACGACGACAACGACGACGAAUACCGCGGAUACUCCUGCUCCUGCGCCUGCGCCCGCGGGUACCGAACCGGCCGUUGCAAGCAUCGUUCCACCAUCUACUGGCCUGACUACUUUCCCCGCCAUUCCUGCACCGGUUCUGAAGCUCGUUGUCAAUUGCCUCACCACAGGGGAAUGCACGAGCAAGAAUUUCAGUCAAACACUAUCUGUCAUGGCGAACCUCUCGGCGGUGCCAGAUGCUCAGGAUACGAUUCUGGAGGAGCUCGGCUCGGCCAGCAAGCACACCGGUCAAUCACUCAUGGCUGAACUGGACGACUUGCACCGAAACCUGCAGAAUGGAGUCGAGCCUCUACCUUUGGACGCGUUCUCUUCUCCGUCAUCGUACCAAGCUCAAUUGCUUCGAUUGCUGAAGACCAUCGAAUACCUCCACUUGCAGAAGGUCGAUGCUGAGCUACCUGGCGAAGAGAUGACUGAGCAGGAGAAGGCUCUCAGCAAAAUAUACGCCUCCUUCGACUUUGACACGCUCUGGUACCGACUCGCUCAAUGCCUGACUUUGGUCCGAGAUCGCGAAGACACGGAUCAGAUUGCCAUCGUUCUGCUACCGCUCGUCGAAGCCCUAAUGGUCGUGUGCAAAUACCGUGGUCAGCCGCCUCGAGAAGUUCGAUCGCCUUCUCUACCACCAUCCUCGGCGACCAUUGACCUAGGUGACCUCUUUGUUUCAUUCACCACUGCUCACCGCAAGAUUCUCAACGUCAUUGUACGGAACAACCCUUCCUUACUCAGUGGUUCAUUCUCCCUUCUUAUCAGGAAUCCCAAGGUUCUUGAAUUCGAGAACAAGCGAAGUUGGUUCAUGCAGAAACUGCGACGCAAGCGGAACGAGAUGUCGCAUAACGGAACGCUGCAUCUCAAUGUCCGGAGGCAGGAUGUGCUUGAAGAUUCUUUCAAGGCUUUGCGUGAUCGGACUGGCGACGAGAUCAAGUAUGGCAAGCUGUCUGUCAAAUUUGCCAAUGAAGAUGGAAUCGAUGCUGGUGGUGUAUCGCGAGAAUGGUUCACUGUUCUAGCUCAACAGAUUUUCGAUCCAAACUUUGCCCUGUUUGAGCCCUGCGCGGCAGACCAGCAGACUUAUCAGCCGAAUAAACACUCCGGAGUUCACGAUCUCCACCUGGCUUACUUCAAGUUUGUCGGACGAGUCAUUGGAAAGGCAGUCUACGACGGACGAUUGCUCGAUGCCUACUUCAAUCGAGCGUUCUACAAGCAGAUUUUGGGUCGCAGUGUUGACAUGCGUGACCUUGAAAGCAUUGACCCAGAAUACCACAAAUCUCUCCAAUGGAUGAUGGACAAUGAUAUCACCGGCAUUAUUGACCAAGAAUUCACCAUCGAAGAUGAUCAGUUUGGUGAAAAGAAGCAGGUCGAACUCAAGGGAGGAGGCGCCAGCAUCCCGGUCACCGAGGAGAACAAGGAAGAGUACAUCAGACUGGUUGUCUCGUACCGGCUCCACAAUUCUAUCAAAGAUCAGCUCAAGGCCUUCCUUGAAGGUUUCUACGAUAUCAUCCCCAGGAAUUUGAUUCAGAUCUUCGAGCCAGAUCAGUUGGAGCUGUUAAUCUCUGGAAUGUCCAUGGUGGAUGUUGAUGAGCUCAAGAAUGCGACUCAGUAUGCUGGAUACAAAUCGAGUGACCCUGAGAUUGCUUGGUUCUGGCGCGCCCUGCGAAGUUUCUCGCAAGAACAGCGAUCUCGAUUCCUCAUGUUCGUCACGUCGUCCUCUCGUGUGCCGCUCGGAGGUUUCACUCAACUCGUGGGAGCAUCAGGCAUCCAGCCGUUUCAAAUUCAAAAACUGUAUGCCAAGCCUGGCAGUCUCCCUCAAGCCAGUACCUGUUUCAAUCUCUUGUUGAUGCCUCCUUACGAGUCGUACGAGCAACUAAGAGACAAGCUGAUCAUGGCCAUUGAAGAGGGCGGAGGGUUCGGUAAGGCGUAAGCGGAGGAGUCAGCGACAGAAUGUGCAUAGCAGAUACCAUUUGACAGCAUGAACACUUGUAGCGAAAAAGAUGAGGCAUUGUCUGCGAAGCUGGUCCACUUGAUGAACAGCUGAUGAAACCUUGGU